AGCCAGUGUGAUCCGGCAAUUAAACCAGAUACCGUAGCACGACAAAGGGAUUGUCCUAUAGCACAGACUUUCUUUCCGCUGAUAUCGCGUGAUUCUUAACCAGUUACUCUACCAGCGCGGGCGUCCAGUUGUCAACCAGUUUGAUAUCCACCCGCUUUCAUUCCCCCCCCCAAUGACGUGGUUUAUCCUAGACUCGUGCAGCCGUUUUCGUCGCAAUACUCCACCGGACCAUGGGGUCCCAGGGGCUCCAGACAUCGUCUAGCCCCUCCGAUCGCAGUCCAAGCUCUGUACGGCAUUAUCUGAACCCGGCAGAUGCAUAUGAUUGGGUCUAAUUCCCAUCGUUCUCGGACUAGAAAGGCCUGCUUGGUCCCAUGGCCCCAUAUAGCUAUGCUUUCUCCUGCUAUUCGGGGGCUCCGACCAAAAAUCUUGUUGGCCGUUCCAUGGAAAGACUGGGGACUCAUUUACGUCAAUUUUGACCUCCUGCCCGACUUGACGAUUCAACACAUAUCUCAGUCUCAAUUUUCGAGUGAAACGAUCUCGAAAGACCAUUUCAGGUCGCUAUCUAAUCAUCUCUUUGUUUCCACCAUGAGUGCUCCGCGAUGAACUGGCAUCCUCGCUUCGCAGUUCCAGGUCACGGCUCCCGGGAGGCAGGUCGCGGGCGGCUAUUCGUGUAUUUGGCUUUGACGGCAAUCGCGUUGUUACUUUCUUAUCAGCUGGUUCUGAAUCGCGAGUCGUUCAGUUCUGUGUCGAGAUGGGCUACCGGUAAAGGCCUGACAUCUGCCUUCAAUCAUGCAGAGUCCAACUCGCAGACGCAGUCUGGAAAUCAGACAGCGGAGGUGAAAACCGAAGAGCAACCGGUGGCGCAGCAACCUCGUGAAAAGGAGCUCGUGCUGGCUGCGAUGAGUUACAGCAAUAUGUCCUGGGUGCAAGAGAAUGUGCCAAAUUGGUAUACUAAUAUCUACCGCGCUGAUGUGCCUCCUGGUGAGGCUGCUUUGACCGUGCCCGUAAACAAAGGCAACGAGGCAAUGGUUUUCUUGACUUAUAUCAUCGAUCGCUAUGACAGCCUCCCCGAUGUAUCGGUUUUCAUGCACGCAGAUCGAUACCAGUGGCACAACGAUAAUCCACUAUACGACUCUGUCAUCUCAAUCAACGACCUCCAACUCGACUACGUCCGCGAAAGUGGCUACGUCAACCUCCGCUGCUCCUGGGUCGUCGGGUGCCCCUUCGAACUCGAACCAGCGCGAUAUCUUCGCGAAAACCCCGAGGAUGAUGGCCACCCCACUGCCGUCGAAUACCCGAAGGGUUUCUUGGAAUUACUACCCGGCGAGGAACUACCCGAACUCGUGGGUACGGCGUGCUGCAGCCAAUUUGCAGUGUCCCGGGAGAGAAUUCAUGAGCGUGGUAUCGAGGUUUACCACAGGGCUCGUCAGUUUUUGAUUGAGACCCAAUUGGGGUCGGAGAUUAGCGGGCGGGUCUUUGAAUAUAUCUGGCACAUUAUAUUUGGGAAACCAGCGCUCAAUUGCCCGGAUGCUCGAGAGUGUUACUGCCGAACGUAUGGAUAUUGCAACAAGACCGACGAGGAACUGCAGAGACAGUGGGUGUGGCGGGGCUUGACUCUACCUGAAGGGUGGCCCGAUGUCGACCCGAAUGCAGGACUGCAAAAAAGAGACGAGAUGCCCUCGAUGGGAUACUGGAGGAAAUAAUGUAGAGGCAACACUGGAUGGGGCCGGGAUGUUUGAAGAUACCCAAAUUUAUAAUGGUGGACAUUUGGCUACAUAGUCCGAUUAUAGAAUCUGCUGGAUCACAGAUUCAGGAGCUAGAUUGCUAAUCAAC